CACCCUGGCCGUGGGGCCGCGCGCUCGGUCCACGCGUCCGGGGCCCGCGGGGCCGGCCCGGAGUCGGCAUGAAUCGCUGCUGGGCGCUCUUCCUGUCUCUCUGCUGCUACCUGCGUCUGGUCAGCGCCGAGGGGGACCCCAUUCCUGAGGAGCUCUACGAGAUGCUGAGCGACCACUCGAUCCGCUCCUUCGACGACCUCCAGCGGCUGCUGCACGGAGACUCCGUAGAUGAAGAUGGAGCCGAGUUGGACCUGAAUUUGACCCGGUCCCAUUCCGGAGGCGAGCCCGAGAGCUUGUCCCGAGGGAGAAGGAGCCUCGAUUCCUCCACGGUCGCCGAGCCAGCCAUGAUUGCCGAGUGCAAGGUCCGCACGGAGGUGUUCAAGAUCUCCCGGAGCCUCAUCGACCGCAGCAAUGCCAACUACGUGGUGUGGCCGCCCUGCGUGGAGGUGCAGCGCUGCUCCGGCUGCUGCAACAACCACAAGGUGCAGUGCCGUCCGACCCAGGUGCAGCUGCGCCAUGUCCUGGUGAGGAAGAUUGAGAUGGUGCAGAAGAGGCUGAUCUUCAAUAAGGCCACCGUGACGCUGGAGGACCACCUGGCCUGCCGGUGUGUGACAGUGGUUCCUGCACGGCCCGUGAGCCGCACCACAGCGAGCUCCCAGGAGCAGCGAGCAGCCAAGAUGCCCCAAACUCGGGUGACCGUUCGAACGGUGCGAGUCCGCAGGCCCCCCAAGGGGAAGCACAGGAAGUUCAAGCACACGCAUGACAAGAAGGCGCUGAAGGAGACCCUGGGAGCCUAGGGCGUCUGCAGGAGAGCGCGGGCAGGGUUAUUUAAUAAGGUAUUUGCUGUAUCGCCCCCAUGGGGUCCUUGGAGUGAUAAUAUUGUUCCCCUCGUCCGUCUGUCUCGAUGCCUGAUUCGGACGGCCAAUGGUGCUUCCCCCGCCCCUCCACGCGUCCGUCCGGCCACCCCUCUGCCAGCGGGUCUCCCCUCAGCGGCCUCCAGCGUCUUGCCCGGAAGCUUGAGAAGGAAAUGAAGGAUCUGGACUCCAUCGAGGUCUUCCCUCCCUCCCGACCCCGAGGACCUGGGAUAAGAGCACAAGAGAGACUGAGGGGGGAGGGGCCCCCUGGCCGGGCCACCCGAGCUGCGGACUGGCUCCGAGAACCCUGCCCGCGGCCCCGAGGACCUCUCGGCGGUGGCCUGCCUGGUCCUGGCCCCUGGGCAGUCUGAUGGGAACACCCCCAGGCCGGCCGGAGCGCCCCUGCUCCUGUGGCCGAGACCAGGCGGGGAGCACAGACUGGAGAAAUCCCUCCCACAGAGCCCAGGCCCAGUCGCCCUCCCUGCUCACCUGUGCUCGCAGCCGCCUUCUUUCCUCUAUACAUACGACAUCUGUGAAGAUGUGGACUCCUCCGGGCAAGUGCGGCCCGAGCGCAGGCAGCCUAGAGCCAUUUCGAGGGGUUAGAGAUGAAGUUUGCUCAGAGGUGGGUGCAGGUGGGGACCUGGGCAUCCACUGCCUCCUCCGUGCCCCCUUUGCUUCCUCCUCCGUUUCACCUCUCUACCUCCACCCUGCAUCUCCCUCUGGUCCACCGAGGGGGCGCCCCUCCUGGAGGCUCCUGUGACCCGAGGGCCUGCUCCCGUCUCAUCCCAGCCCACACUGCCAUGCAAGGCCGCGCAGGGCGCCCUGCCCAGGCCGCACGGCCCAGCGCACCGCAGGCGGGACCACUGUCCACAUCACAGGCCCGGCCCAUCUGUGUGUUUAUUAUGCCAGCUUCGGGCAGGGGGAGGACACGUGUCUUUUCCGAAUGGACACAAGGCUCCGUGUGCACUGGCUGUGCCCCUGGCCCGGCCCCUGGCUUGGAUGGCCGGACAGGAGUGAGCUCAUGGAGGGCCGGAGGUAAGACGUGGUCCGUCUGGCCUCCAUUUCCCCACGUCCUCGCCCAAGCAGUCCGGCUCCCAGGCAGGUGUGAAAACUCAAGGGAAAGUCUCCAGUGGGGGUGGGGGCACACUCCCCCAUCUUAGACCCUUUUGAGUUCCAUCUCUGGUGGCUGGGCUGGGGGAGGGGAAGGGGAAAGAUCCCCAGGCCCCUAGGGGUGGGUUCUGCGCUCCCUUCCCAUCUUCUACUGCACUUCCCCCCCCACCCCCCCACCCCCAAUCUGCUUCCUUCAGUUUGUAAAGUCGGUGAUUAUAUUUUUGGGGGCUUUCCUUUUAUUUUUUAAAUGUAAAAUUUAUUUAUAUUCCGUAUUUAAAGUU